AUGAAAAUCCCCAUAGCAUUUAAAAACAUAAUUAGAUCGACCAUCCUUUCAAGCUCUGCUCCAGCACCGGCUCCAGCUCCAGCACUAGCUCCAACACCGGCUCCAGCACUAGCUCCAACACCAGAUCCAGCACCAGCUCCAACACUGGCUCUAACACCGGCUCCAGCACAAGCUCCAACACCGGCUCCAACACCAGAUCCAACACCGGCCCCAGCUCCAGCUCCAACACCAGAUCCAGCACCGGCUCCAGCACCAGAUCCAGCACCAGCUCCAACACCAGAUCCAGCACCAGCUCCAACACCAGCACCAACACCAACUCCGACACCAGAUUCAGCACCAGCUCCAACACCAGCUCCAACACCACCACCUACCCAAACAAUCACAACUAUCAUUGCUUCACCAAUAACUAUAGCAAUCACAGUUCUAUUCCACAAUCCUCAACACCAAUCUAUUAUAAUACAAAAGGAACAAGCUUUCUUAAGAGAACAAGAGAAUUUAAGAAAGCAAGAGGAUGCACAGUCUAGCUAUCCAUCCCUCAAUAGAGAACAAUCACGUUAUACUACUGCAAAUAGUUCUCCAUCAGCCAAUUUUCCACUUCAUUGUCCACAACAAACAUUUACACCUUCAAGGGGACAAAAUAAUAAUUACCCAACCUUUAAUAAAGAACAAUCACGUUAUUCUACCGCUAUCGAACCAAAAUCAGUAAAUACUCCACCAAAUAACGAACAAUCAUCAAAGUAUCCAUCAUUUAACAAGGAACAAUCUCGUUAUAAAUGUGAGAGUUCAUCAAAUAAAGCAGAAGAAGAGCGUAUUGAAAAGGAAAAAUUGGAAAAAGAAAAAUUGGAAAAACUAGAGAGAGAGCGUAUUGAUAAAGAAAGAUUAGAGAAAAUACGUAUUGAAAAUGAAAAAAUCGAACAAGAGCGUAUUCAAAAAGAAAUCUUAGAAAAGCAAAGAUUAGAGAAUGAAAAAUUAGAAAAGGAGCGUUUAGAAAAAGAAAAUAACUCCGAGUGUUGUAUUUUUUACAUCAAAAUAAAUACCACUAAUGCCUCCUUUAUAGAUUGUUUUCAUAUGUUUUGCUAUGAUUGCAUCAGAAAAUGGUGCAUACAAAAUAAUACUUGUCCAUUAUGCAGAGUAGAAUUUAAUCAUAUUCAAAGAGAGGGUCAAGCCGCACAAUCAAUAUAUGAAGUUAGAAUGGAAUCAUUAAAUAAAAGUAACAAUUCUGAUGAUGAUUCCGAUAAUGACUCUGAUAAUGAUUCCAAUUAUGAUUAUGAAUAUGAACCAGAUUCCCAUUCCCAUUCUGACCACAAUAAUAAUUCAUCUUCUGGAUUAGAUUUUAAUGAAUACGAUUACGAUUACGUUUACGAUUCUCAUCUAGAUCAAUAUGGUCCCAAAUGA